AUGGCGGUCUCUAGGUUUGAAAAUGCUGACCCAUUGUUUCUACUGGAUGGCCAAGUCUCAAACAGACCAUUGCAAUCCAACGAGCGGAAUAUUUUUAUUGCAAUCAUGGGAAUGACAGGCGCUGGAAAGAGCACAUUCAUCUCGCAUUGCACGGAUGCGAAAGUUGCCAUAAGUGAUCCCGGUACACAGGAAGUUCAAGUUUACCGAUGCAAAUAUUUCACCCCACAUACCAACGUCUAUCUUGUUGACACCCCAGGUUUCGAUGAUACGAACCGUAAAGAUACAGAUAUUCUCAAAGAGAUCGCUACCUGGUUGACAACAACUUACAAGAAGGAGAUCCGCCUAAGUGGCAUUCUCUACCUACAUCGGAUAUCCGAUAACCGCAUGGGUGGAUGUGCGCACCGGAUUCUUAUCAUGUUCAAAAAGCUGUGUGGUGCCGAAGGGAUCAAGAGUGUGAUAUUUCUCACCACAUUUUGGGAAAAGGUAGAUGUGGCCGAUGGCGACAACCGUGAGAAGACCUUGAAGACUACCAACGAGUUCUGGGGAUAUUUUGUCGAAAGGGGUGCCCAGGCUCAGAGACAUUGGAACACUAAUGACUCUGCGAUGGCCGCAAUACAGAACUUUGUACCUUCUGAUACAACCAAGCCAUCGGAGGAGAUUAAAUUGGCCAUCCAGACUGAGAUGGUUGCUUCACACAAAGAUCUGGACCAAACAUCCGCCGGUCAGGAGCUACAGAGCGAGCUACAGAAGGAGCGAAGCCCGGGAGAUUCGAGAAGAAAGGAUCAGGAGAUGCGCCACCUUCUCCGGGAAGACCAAGAGAGACAAGCCAAAGAGCUUCAGCGCAGGGACGCAGAGAUUCAGGAGCUCAAGAUCAGCAUGGAGAGGAUGCACGAAAAGAAGAUUCAACAGCUAGAGGAGCGGUUUCUAGAACAGAAAAAUGAAAAUCGCAGGCAUCGUGAAGAAAUAAAGCAAAUAAUUCGACAACGGCUAGAGGUAAUCCAGGAGAGACAAGGCCAGCACAUGGAAAUUUCUCCCAGUGAACUGUUCGAUUACAAACAAACCGAGCAUAACGAGAUUGAAAAACAAGCACAAUCUGACUAA